AUGCAAAAAGAGUGCCACAAGAUCGACGUGGAGCUUCUUCGAACAAGGCACGAGGCUGUGCUUGUUUCUCAGUAUCGUCAUUCAUCUAACUCGGAGCAGAUGGAUCCGAAGCAGAGGCUGCUACGUGGAGGAUCGUGUAGCAAAGCGUCGGAGCUCGAAACUGUCGGAAAUUUUAGGUCCACGGACUUGGCUAAUGACCGAAAAUUGAACCCUGUAUGCAUGGGAUGUCGUCGUGGUCAGUUGGUAAGCUACCUCUUCUCCGCUUGCGAGGCUGCUCGACUUUCCAUUGCGUACGAUCGGCUGGCAUUCGACCAGUCGUCUGCAGAGAUCAGCGCACCCAUGCCCGCAUUCUCUCUUCCUUCCGCUGGCGCCAUCCUCUACGGCUCGCCACCUUCCACCGACAGCUACACCAAGUCGACCGACUCCAACCCUUCGGACCGCAUUGACGAGCUUCAAAAGUUCCUCCUCGGCAGCGACUGGUCCUCUCUCUCCUCACUUAGUCCUCCCACCGCAUCCAUACAUUCCGUCGCCGAGGAUUCAACACCCUGGCCUUCAUCCCAGGCCAACGUACCUAUCAUCUCUUGCUCGGUAGAGACCGUCAAGCCCGCCAUGCAGAGCGUAUUCGCGGCCUCGAACGACACUGCUUCGCCCGCCGCCAUCUCUGAGCCCAACGAGGCAUUGCCCAUCAUCUCAUCUGAGCACGCCUUUACCGCCACCGUGCCAGCAUCGAUUCCUGCAGCCGCUAUGGCCACAACUGCAUACCCUUCCCCUAUGACACCUCCUCACCGUCACUCCUUCGACACCUGCUACAGCGACUCAGUCGGCUCGCCAGACUCGGAGCGCGACUUCCUCACAUCGCCUUCCAUGUUCGACGACAACGACUUUGAGUUCGAAGGAGAUGCGCUCGCCAACAUCCCUCUCUUCCCGGAUCAGUCCUUCGAGGAUUCGGCAGAGGCUCCCGCCGAAGAUCCCGUUUCCUCCUUCGUAUCCAACCUCGAGAAUGUCAAACUCGAGGCCGGCGAGCAAGACAACUCGGGUCUGACCGAGACCGACCUCGACGCCAGCCAGUCCACCGUCAUGGCCCCCCACAGUCAGGUCAAGGUCGAAGAGGACGUCCACAACAUAUCCUCCACCCUCGACGACGCCUUCAAGACCGAAGCCGAAGCUUUCAAACUCGAGCCCAAGUGCGAAGACGAGCUCGACAUGUGGUCGGCAGAGGACCUCAAGCCCUACUUCAACGACGAGGAGGCCAAGGCUGCUGUGCUCAGCACUCUCGCUCAUGCUUUUGGACACGACUUUGCCGAGCCCAUCAAGGUGUCUUCCAGCCAGGAAGAGGUGCAAAAGCCUUCGCACGUCGGCCCUAUCCGCGCCACUCGCACCAACCGAGAACGUCGCUCCUCGCCGACCAAAGCCACCGCCACCAUCUCUUCGUCUGCAAGCCCCGCUCCGAUCAUCGACCCAGUCACCAAGGCCAAGCGCUGGCAGUGUCUCGAGUGUGGCAAGUGGUUCGAUCGCGCCUACAACCUCAAGACGCACCGCUACACCCACGAGGACCCUGACACUCGUGCUCGUCCCUUCCCUUGCCCCGACGCCGAGUGUCAGAAGCAGUUCGCUCGAAAGCACGACAUGCAGCGUCACUUUGAGAACGUCCAUCGUGGCGAAUCGAGAAGAGCCAAAGGCGGCUCCGUCAAACGGAGCCGCACCGACGACCUUGGUUAA